AUGGCAAGCGUGCUGUCACCCUCAAUCUGCAGGCGCGUGACACCGCGGUCGGCGGCAGCCCGUGCCGAGCAGCAGCGCGGUGUACUCGUCCGUGCACGUCCACACUACGGGGCCGCUGGUCUUGAACAGCGCAGCGCCGGCGCCGAUAGGGCCAGGGUUGCCCGACAGGUACCGUCAAAUCGUAGCUACCACUCGCCGUCCACGUCUGGGUCGUCGUUGAAGUUCUUUUCAUCGCUUUCGUCAUCCUUUUCUCCUCCGCCUUCGUUAGAUCUAGCAAGAGGAGACGGUUGGCAAUGCUUGACACCACCACGCUGCGAGGCAGUGGUGGUCCCUAGCGUGGGGCAGGGGACACAGCGAGCACUGGACAGUCUUGGCGGGGGCAGCACGGGUUCGGCGUCGGCCACCGUUGCGCUGGUAUCGACUUCACCAGCAGUGGGGCUGAGAUCCCCUACUGCUGGCGUAGUCGCAGCCGAAGUGUCGUGGAGGCUGGCGCACGCUUGCGCGUUAUUAGCUGCAUCCAGCCUCGACGCGAAAGUGUGA